AUGGCCAGCGACAUUGCCCGAGGACUUUAUAAAGAACAAGCUCGUGAUCCAGGCCUCCCUCGUGCUCCGAAGCUUCCUUCUGCCCGCCUUCAAGAGCUUCACGAGGUGACGCACCAGCCGUUUCAACCAUGGUGCCAAGCCUGUCUGAUGGGACGAUCGAGACAAAGCCCCCACGAAAAGCAGCAAGACGAAAAGGCGAAGACCGAGGAGCCCCAGGACCGUCGGCCGGUCAUCCAGAUCGACUACUGCUACACGUUCACCUCAGAGAAGGGUGAAGGCCCAGGAGCACCUGAGCCAGCCGACGACCAGGGACACGAGGACCCACAACAACAGCCAAAGGAGCCCCGUGAGGCCAAGCCAGACACAGACAAGCUCGACACCAAGGACCAGUUUGGCUGCAACUUGGUGGCUGCUGAGUCCACCACUGGGUGGAUCUGCGUGGUGCCGGUGCUUGCAAAGGGGUCUUCGUCUUUGAAGCGUGCCACAGAAGCCCUGGUCAGGAUGAGCAUGAUGAUUGCUGGUGCCGAGCCGGUGGUGAUACAGGGCGACCCGGAACCCUCGAUCAAACAGCUUCUCAACUCCUUCGAGGCUUGCAGAGUUCGCUUGGGACUUGGCGUUGUGCAGCGAGAGGCCCCUAGGGGGUCGCAUGCCAGCAAUGGUGUGGCUGAGAAAGCUGUGAGCACAAUCCGCCGGCAUGCCCUGACACUCAAGUGCCACCUCGAGGACCGGAUCAAGGCCAAGGUCGGUGGGCAUACGCAUAUCUUUGCGUGGUUGCUGAAGCACUCAAGCUUCUUACACAAUCGAUAUUUCCCGACCAACAAAGGACUCCCACCGUUCGAAGCAGUGCACUCAAAGAAGUAUGUUGGAAAGCUCCUCCCCUUUGGGGAAGCAUGCGUCUUCCACGCCCCCUCGAAGUUUAAGGGGGAUCUCCAAUGGCAGCGUGGAGUUUGGGUUGGGAUAUCCGAGCGGAGUAACUCCCACAUGGUCCUCACCCCGGACGGAGCAAAGGAAAGCCGGUCAGUUCGACGUCUUCCUCCUGAGCAACAAUGGUCAGCUGAAGCUGUUUUGGGUUGCCGUGGGCUGCCCUGGGACUACAUUGGAAAAGGGAGGAGGAAGAAGGCUAUGUACACAAGUGUCCGGGCACCUCUCUUGCCUGACACCGCCACCCUGGAGCAGUUGGCCAAAGCAGCGGGGAAAGCAGCAGCCGAGACGAUAGCCGCAGCCACACCGCCGCCGCCGCAGCAGGCCCCAGCGCCCGCUUCCCCUGGAGACGCGGGGACCAAGAAGGAGAAGGAGCUCGAGAAAGCAAUCCGGCCUGCACAGAACCACAAGAAAGACCACCAGGAGGGCCUCCUGAUCUUAGAGAACGAGCUCGAGGAAGCAACCCCAGCACAGAACCGCAAGAAAGACCACCAGGUCCAGUGCAAGCGAAGCCGGUGCAUCGCCUUCCUCGUCUACAUUGAGGCAAGCUGGGAAACAUGGAUCGAAGAGGUUGGGGACGCGCUUGUGAAUGAGGAGGAGAACUUUGACGUUGAUGAUGCCUACAUCUUUGAUGGAGAACGCCCCCCAGACCUUUCUUUUGAGGAGCUCUACAUGAUGGACCUCGAGAGUGACAAGAAGGAGCUGGACAGGCUGGAGGGCAUGGGAGUUCUUAGGCGAGUGAAGCCAGAUGAGGAUGUCACCAGCUAUGCCUUCCUCACCACGAAAGUGGUGCGAGAUUGGCGCCGCAGGCCAACGUGGGUGCGAAGGUCGCGUCUGGUGGCGAGGGAGUUUAAGAGCUGGUCGUCGUGGUCGCAGGAACUCUUCGCACCAGCGAGCACCCUUGCAACCAUCAACAGCUUGAUCACAGUAGCAAUGGCCGAGGACCUUGAGGUCGUUUCGAUCGACAUCAAAGACGCGUACCUCAAUGUUAAGCAACGGGCACCUGUUGUGAUACAUGUCGAUGGCCGACUGAUGGGGCACGACACCGCAGAGCCAGUUGCCUUCAUCCUGGAGCGCAUGCUCCCAGGCCAGAGAGCAGCUGCAGGAGAGUGGUUUCUCUUCAUGAAGGAACUGUUGGGUGGAGCCUGCUUGGAAGGAUACAUCAAGGAGCCCACGCUCUUUGUGCACAAAGGCCCGACGGCCAAGACCAAGCUGAUUCUGCAUGCUGAUGAUGGCCUGCUAGGCUCUACCCGAGAGGAGCGUGAACACUUGGUUGCUAAGCUCGAGGAGCACGUCACCGUCCAGGUCAGCGAUGUCCUCACCAAGAACAGCGGGGAGAUCGAGUUCCUCAAGAGGCGCUAUGUCGGCACCCCUGAUGGUGUCUACAUGUUCUCCAAUGUGAAGCACGCCGAGGCCCUGAUCGCUGCAGUGGGUGAUGAUGCUAAGGAGCGGGACACGCCAGCGGACCAAAGCUUUACGGAAGUUGACAGCAGCAAGGACUUGGAGCCGAGCAAGAGCAAGCUCUACAAGGAGGCGGUCGGACGGCUCUUGUACUUGAGCCACAGCCGCCCGGACCUUCAGUAUGCUACGUGCAUCCUGGCCUCGAAGAUGUCAAGGCCCACGCAGGCCCGCGAGGGAUGGUGCCAGCCUCUCCUGGGCGGUUCUGAGAACCUACAGCCCGGUGGAAAGAUUGUCAUUGAAUCUGUGACAGACAGUGACUGGGCUGGGGUCAAGCGAGACCGCAGAAGCAAGUCAUGUUUGCAGAUUUUCGUCAGUGGGUCAAUGGUCACCUCAGCCGUGCGGACUCAGAAGUCGGUAGCACUAAGUUCGGGAGAAGCGGAAUUCAUCUCGAUGGUCGGAGGAGCUUGUGAAUGCCGCUAUGUCCAGGACUGCCUGCGGUACAUGGUGAACGGCGCCUACGAGAUCGAGGCCAGACUGCGAGGAGAUUCGGCAGCUGGGCGUGCCAUAGCCCAGCGAGUGGGCUGUGGGCGCGUGAGGCAUCUUGAUGCCAGCCUCCUCUGGCUCCAAGAGGCAGUCAAGAAGCAGGAGUUCAAAGUGUCCGCCAUUGCCGGCCUGGCAAACCCUGCGGAUAUUGGCACGAAAGCUGUCCCUACUGCCCGUCUUCGUGAACUUCUCUACAAGCUUGGCGCUGUUGACGAGAGCUUUGAGAGGGUCGGACAGAGUGAGCACGAAAAGGCCGAGUUCAAGAACAAGGCGAAGGAGAUGAUCAAGAGUGGAGCCCUGGGAGUGAAGAGCAUCAAGCAGCUCAUGCCGGUUCUUCUGGUGUUGUCGCAAAUUCAAGGGAUUGAGGGCUUGAGCUUGGUUGCGGGGUUCUAUGAGCACUCCCUUGAAGAUGUUGCGGCACUCCUUGUGACAUGCAUCCUGGGCUUCUUGGUUCUCACGGUGGUCUUCGGAGUUCCUGGAGGCAUUUUGCUUCUGUUGCAGUGGCUCACCCGGAGCCAACCCGAGACUGCAAGGGCCCCUACUCGUGACGCAGGGGUUCCGGCCAACCUUGGCAUGGCUGAGGAUGAAAGACUCUUCAUGGAGGAGUAUGUGGGCCGCUCUACCGAGCAGCGAGUUCUUAUCGCUGAGCAAGCACGGGAGAUCGAGAAACUGGAGAAGGCCUUGCGUGAGGAGAGGCAACAGUCUAGAAAUGUACAGCGGAUUGAGCAGGUCCCACCGAGAAUCGCUAUUGCCACCAGUCGUGGCGAGCGUUACCACCGCCCAGGAUGUGGCAAUUUAAAAGUACAUGUUAAGACCUACACGCCGUGUGGGCACUGCUAUCCAAACCAGGGGUAG